AUGUGGCCCAAUGGCAGCAACACAGCCCCUUUCUUGCUGACUGGCUUCCCAGGCUUGGAGGUAGCUCAUCGCUGGAUCUCCAUUCCCUUUUUUGUGGUGUAUCUUUCUGUUAUUCUUGGCAAUAGUGGUCUCCUCUUCCUCAUCAAGAAUGAACACAGCCUCCAUGAGCCCAUGUACUAUUUCCUGGCCAUGCUGGCAGCCACAGACCUUGGUGUCACUCUAACCACAAUGCCCACUGUUCUGGGGGUCUUAUGGCUGGACCAGAGGAAAAUUGGUCAUGGCAUAUGCUUCUCCCAGGCCUAUUUCAUCCACACUCUCUCUAUUGUAGAGUCAGGGGUCUUGCUCGCCAUGGCCUAUGACCGUUUCAUUGCCAUUCGCAACCCACUCAGAUAUACCGCUAUCCUCACCAAUUCCCAGGUGAUGAAGAUUGGCAUUGGGGUACUGAUGAGAGCUGCUUUGUCUAUUAUGCCCAUAAUUGUGAGACUUCAUUGGCUCCCUUACUGCCAUUCUCAUGUCCUCUCCCAUGCCUUCUGCCUCCACCAGGAUGUCAUCAAGUUGGCUUGUGCCAACAUCACCUUCAAUCACCUAUACCCUGUGGUAGUUGUGUUUGCCCUAGUUCUAAUGGACUUCUUAAUCAUCGUCUUCUCUUAUGUUCUGAUACUCAAGACAGUCAUGGGCAUUGCCUCUGGGGAGGAACGAGCCAAGGCCCUCAAUACCUGUGUGUCCCACAUCUGCUGCAUCCUUGUCUUCUAUGUCACUGUGGUUGGCCUGACUUUCAUCCAUCGGUUUGGAAAGCAUGUGCCACAUGUGGUCCAUAUCACAAUGAGUUAUGUCUACUUCCUUUUCCCCCCAUUAAUGAAUCCCGUUAUCUAUAGUGUCAAGACUAAGCAAAUACAGACUGGUUUUCUCCGCUUGUUUUCUUAUAACAAAGCUGGAAUGUGA